CAGUUGCUAUACUAAGAUCAUGCAUCAACACGUGACAAUUUGGGGUGACCUCGACCCUUGGCUACACCUUCCGUUAUUCUAUUCUAUAUAUUGAGCAAGGUACGUCACAAAAACGGAAUUUCAGAUCUAGAGUAGGUUGUUGUUUCCACCAUAACACGCCGCAACAGACUUCACUUUUAACAUGACGGAAGGGGCGGGGCAUCGAAGGUGGAGAUGAUCAACUCCCAGCACUCGAUCUCUACCUAGUAGUUCAUCUCCCCUCAUCUGCCUAUUCUUUACUUCAAAGCAUUGAAUCAACUCAAGUUUCAUAACUACAAUUCAGUCUUAAAAGAUGGCGGAUAGAGACCGAGGAACCAAACGUAGAAGGCUACAACUCCCACCGGAUUACCUGCACCGGGUCUACGCCGGCGUCCUCGGCAAGCUCAUCGGCGUGUACUUGGGCCGGCCCUUCGAAGGCUGGACCCAUCAACGCAUCCUCAAAGAACUAGGUCACAUCCGGUACUACGUCAACGACCGCAUCCUCUCGCCCCUCGUGGUCACGGACGACGACGUAUCCGGCACUUUCACCUUCGUCCGGGCCCUCGAAGAACACCGACCCACGCUGCGCGGCGCCGAGGAUGUGGGCCGGACCUGGCUGAACAAUGUGAUCAAAGACCGCACCGUGUUCUGGUGGGGCGGGAACGGCGUGUCGACGGAACAUACCGCGUACCUGAAUCUGAAGAAGGGCAUCAGGGCUCCGAAGAGUGGGGCUAUUGGGGUAAAUGGAAAGACGAUAGCUGAGCAGAUUGGCGCUCAGAUCUUUAUCGAUGGUUUCGCUAUGGUGGUGCCGGGCCAACCGGCAGCAGCCGCGAUGCUGGCCGGAUCAGCUGCGUCGGUGAGCCACGACGGAGAAGCUUUGGCUGCGGCGAGGAUGUGGGCUGCUAUGGAGGCCGAAGCUUUCCUGUCAAGGGAUGUUAAUCACCUUCUCGACACGGGCAUGCGGUAUAUGGGUUCGUUCGGCCUGUUACGCCAUGCGAUAAACGAUGUACGCGCGUGGUGCGAAGAAGAUGAUGAUUGGUUGAAGACGCGCCAGCGUAUAGAGGAUGAGUACGGGUACCACAAGUUUCCCGGCUUUUGCCACGUUAUACCGAACCAUUCGAUUAUGGUCAUGGCGCUGAUAUAUGCCGGGACGGAUUUUGGCGAGGCGAUGCAUAUUGUCAACACGUGCGGCUGGGACACGGACUGCAAUUCCGGCAACCUAGGGUGCUUGGUCGCUAUCAUGAGCGGGCUGGCGGCUUUCGAUAAUGACGACGAUGUUACCGUGACCGGCAAGGUUAGAGGCUCUGGUGGACUAAUUGACUGGCGCGGCCCGCUGGCUGAUAGAGCGCUGAUAUCAAGUGCGGACGGAGGAUACUCGAUCAACAAUGCCGCCAGGAUCGCGUACGAUAUCACAAAUAUGGGUCGGCUGUUUGGAGGCGAGGAUCCCCUACCGCCUCCAAAGAAUGGCGCGCAGUUCCAUUUUACCCUGCCAGGAAGCGUUCAGGGAUUUCAGCCUACGACGGUGACGAAAGAAAGAAAGAAAUAUAAAGAUGAAGUAACUCUCGAGCAGCGUACUGACAACAUCCAUAACACGACUGGUCUAGCAAUCAACAUUCCUAACUUAGCCGUAGAAGCGGAAAGAGUGGAGGUUAUGACGGACACCUUCGCGCCACCAGAAGUCCGCGUUAUGGAAAUUUACGAAUUGGUCUGCUCGCCGUUGGUCUACCCCGGGCAGACUCUGAAGAUGUAUAUAAAGGCCGAUGCCAAGAAUUCGGCGCCUGCACAAGUAAGGCUGAUACUGAGAGUGUAUACAUAUACGGACAAGCUCGAGACCUAUAGUAGUGGUCCGGUAAUCCUCACCCCAGGCCUCUCUAAGGCCUUAUCGUGGGAUAUCCCAGCGCUCUUAGGCUGUCGGCCCAUACAAUCCGUAGGCAUCUCUAUCUCCUACGGAAAGCACCCAGAGCAUACUGUAGCGGGUCCGUUCGCCGGCACAAUAAUGAUAGACCACCUCGGCUGGACCGGCGUCCCGAACCUGAUCCUCCUCCCCAUCGGCGAGAAAGCCGGGCCGCGAACGUUCUACAAACAAUCCUUCGUCAACGGGGCCGACACCUUCGCGCUCGCGAGCGGAAAUUUCGUCGUCGCGCAAGACGAGGGCGAGGGGCUCGUGAGCUACGGCACGAGGGAAUGGGACCAGUACCACGUCGCGUUCAUGGACUUCGUGAUCACCGGCCUCAACCGCACCCGGAACGGCGUCGCGUUCCGCGUCAACGGGCUGCGUAGGUACUACGCGCUGCUCUUCGUCAAGUUGUCCGAGGAAAAAAAGGGCGUGACGCUAGUCAAAGUCGUGGACGAGAAGACGUAUAUCUUAGGAGGCAAGGAUUUUGAAUGGGAGGUCGACAAGCCGUAUAGCAUCGUCGUAAACGCCAAGGGAAAGUGGCUUUUCGCGAGGAUCGAAGAUACCGACGUGGUAUUUCACAGAUCCGAUGAGCAGUACCCCAAAGGGGGUAUAGGGAUCAUAGCGUCGGAUGGGUCGGUGCUGGUUGGGAGUAUCGAGAUUGGAGACCCUACGAACAAUUCAAUUCCGACAAUCAAGAAGGAGGAUAUCGAUCGAGAACUAGCAUUAUAAUCACUACCUAGGUACUGUAGGGUUCUACGGCGUCUGAACGAGUCAACGAUAGGAAUAAAUUGUCACUUUACGGUUUAAUUACAAACA